UUUACAACUCGAGUGAUCGCGUUCAACCGGAAGGGGAGGAGUCAUUGUUUCAGAGAUGGAUGGCAAACAUGUUGUCGUCUGCGACAAUGGCACAGGGUAUGUGAAGUGUGGUUUUGCUGGUGAGAACUUUCCUACUUCUGUGUUUCCUUGUGUGGUUGGUAGACCAAUGCUGCGGUAUGAAGAAUCACUCAUUGAACAAGAGCUGAAGGACAUUGUUGUGGGUGAAUCUUGUGCAGACUUUAGAAAUCAACUUGAUAUAUCUUAUCCUGUCAAUAAUGGAAUCGUACAAAACUGGGAAGAUAUGGGCCAUGUGUGGGAUCAUGCAUUUUUUAAUGAACUAAAGAUAGAUCCAACUGAAUGCAAGAUUCUACUCACAGACCCUCCUCUUAAUCCUUCGAAAAACCGUGAAAAAAUGAUAGAGACCAUGUUUGAGAAGUACAAUUUCACUGGUGUCAUCAUUCAAAUCCAAGCUGUUCUAACAUUAUAUGCUCAAGGAUUGUUGACUGGUCUUGUCAUCGACUCUGGAGAUGGUGUCACACAUGUGGUACCUGUUGUUGAUGGCUACUCUUUUCCACAUCUCACUAAGAGAAUGAAUGUCGCCGGCAGACACAUCACAUCUUAUCUUGUGGAUCUACUCUCGAGGAGGGGGUACUCAAUGAAUAGAUCGGCUGAUUUUGAAACUGUAAGGGAUAUAAAAGAGAAACUUUGCUAUAUCAGCUAUGAUUACAAGCGUGAAUACCAACUUGGUCUUCAAACUACCAUUCUUGUCAAAAACUACACUCUGCCUGAUGGAAGAGUCAUAAAAGUUGGCACAGAGAGGUUCCAGGCUCCUGAGGCUCUCUUUACCCCGGAGCUUAUAGAUGUUGAAGGUGAUGGCAUGGCAGACAUGGCGUUUCGUUGCAUUCAGGAAAUGGAUAUUGAUAAUAGGAUGAUGCUUUACCAGCAUAUUGUCCUCAGCGGUGGGAGUACCAUGUAUCCUGGAUUGCCUAGCCGCCUGGAGAAAGAAAUACUUGACAGAUACCUUGAAGCAGUAUUAAAGGGAAACAAAGAUGGCCUAAAGAAGCUUCGCUUGAGAAUCGAAGAUCCUCCGCGAAGAAAGCACAUGGUGUACCUAGGUGGUGCAGUUCUUGCCGGAAUCAUGAAGGAUGCUCCGGAAUUUUGGAUUAACAGGCAGGACUACCUGGAAGAAGGGCUGGCUUGUCUGAGGAAAUGUGGACAGGUUUAAAUGCUAGAGAAUCAAAUCAUAGCGAAAUUUGCAGCAAUGACAAGAGGAUGUAGUCAUCAGUUUGGUAAAUCUGUAUUAAAUCUCUGAUUUUUUGUGUGCUGGUUGUUUUCUUAUUUAAUGUUCUUUUGUCGCUCAGCGAUUAAAU